AACCGCCUCCGCGCCUGAAGAUCCCGGCAAGGACUAGUCAAGACUAAGAGAUGUGAUCAUUUUUUCUUCAAUCUUUUCAAUUGCGACCCUUGAACCGUUCUGGGUGCCCCCUCCCUUCUCCCGGCUCACCCCCCCCAACAGAGCAGAGAGCGUGAAAAAUCUCACUAAUGGGUUUAUUUGCUGUCAUGUGUCAUUCCCUCGGAGCUUUCUGCUCGGAACAUUUCAUAGUUGAGUAACCAGGAGGGUGAAGAGGGUGGAGGUGUGGCGGGCGGGGGGCUCAGCUGCCGUUUCUCUGACUGUCUCUCAGAGUUGCCAGAUUCUUCCCAGCUCGGUGGCCGCAAGCAAGCAUCCUCCCUCCCAGAGAGAGCGCCCCCAACCCCCCCCCCCCUCCCCGUCAGGAUCCGUCCCGUGCGAGCCGGCCUGGAGAUGUGGCGCGGGGCCGCGCCGCUGGCCGUGGCGCUGGCGGUGUUGUGGACCCACUGCGUCCUGGACGGCGCGCAGGCCAAGAAGGAGAGGAAGAAGCCCAAGGAGACCCCGCCGCAACACACCGAGACACAAAACCUGACCCUGUCCAACAGCGAGGAGGAGUCCGGGAUCCUUAAGCUUGCUGAGCAGAAGAGAGUCGAUCCGCUGGGAUCCUGGAUGGACUUUGUCAAAAGACCCGUGGGCAACUUCCCGGCCAAGUGUCGCAAACGGAAAAGACCUCUGCCGGGCCCAGCCGGUCCUCCUGGUCCUGCAGGCCCGCAAGGCCCGCCCGGCUCACCUGGAGCUGAGGUCACCCAGGAGGUUCUUCUGCAGGAGUUCAAAGAGAUGAUAAAAGAGGCGACGGAGAGACGGGCCGCGUCUUUGGACCGACAAACCGUGUCCAGCCAGCUCCCCGUUCCUCUCCUCACGCUGCAGGAGGACCUGACCUCCUACCGCAGGAUCCAGGAGGCCUUCCAUUGCAAGCUCAAAGGACCAGUGCUGGUGGACAAGAAGACUCUGAUGGAGCUCCCAAACUUCCAGACGCCGCUGGCGAAGGGAGCCUUCCUCAGAGGGUCCGGCAUGGACCAGUCCACCGGGAGAUUCACGGCCCCCGUCACAGGGAUCUACCAGUUCUCUGCUAACCUUCACGUUGACCACAGCGAGGUGAAGAGAAGCAAGAGCCAACUGAAGGCCCGGGACAACAUCCGUGUUCUCGUCUGCAUCGAGUCGCAGUGCCACAGAUACACCUCGCUGGAGACCAUCGUGGGCUUGGAGAGUAACAGCAGGGUCUUCAGCGUGAGUGUUCAAGGACUCCUGGAGCUCCAGGCCGGCCAGUACACCUCCAUUUUCGUGGACAACGCCGCCGGCGCCGCCGUCACGGUCCAGAGCGGCUCCGACUUUACGGGCGUGCUCCUGGGCGUGUAGCGUCAUCACGCGGCGGCCGCUGUCGCCGCUACCCCAUGAACUGCUGACCGGCGCCACCGAGCGAGGCCGAGUGAGUCCGAGCUGACGGCGUGGAGGGGGCGGAGCUUCCGGGAGUUAUUGUGGAUGAACUCUUGAGCAGCGGAAUGAGACGCUCUGCUUGUGCUACUCAUAGAACAUACAGUAGAAGCAAAGGACAAAUGAUUCAUAUUUGUGUCUUUUAGCUCAUCUUUGACAACACUGCAUCGCUUUAUAGCCACCGGUUGUCAUGGCAACAUGCUCAUACUGUACAUAAAUACUGCGCGCUGUCACUUCCUGAGAGUCAGCGUCCACUUCAGUGGAUAUUUGUGUUUUGAAUGACAU